CAGUAAAAAAAGCAACAACAACCAUACAAAGACAUUCACCAACUGACAUCAAAACAACAAACCUAUUCAUAUGAAAUUAUAAUGAUACCUUUUACCUCUUUUAGAAGCCAACCGUGAAAACUAUAGAGUGGCAACCUUGUGAAAUGAAGCUGAUUAUGGAGUAGUAAGGCAUAUUAUAAGAAUCAUUACUUUUGGAUCAUCACUCGUAGAAGGUUUCGAACGAAAAGAAAGAAUAAUGCUGUCAUCGUAACCUAUGGAAGAGUCCAUUCCAACAUAGCGCAUCCACCUUGCAAUCAGACUACAUAUCUACAGUGUUGGGAAGCGCGCGGAUUGGUGGUAGGGGAGGAUAAUAUUGUUAGCGACUGGGCGUAUCUAAUAUGGCGGAUCAAAAAGGGAAAAUGUCGGAAAAAUACGAAGACCAAGUUCCUGGGAGGCAAAGAAAUACGGCGUCUGCGAGGAGUGAUGUUGCGUUGUGCAUGCCAUGUUCAAAGAAGAAUAGGCAAACUUCGGCGUCAGUAUAUUGUCCGACAUGCAGCGAGUUUCAGUGUUCGGAUUGUUCACAAAUUCAUGAACUUUACGCGUUCAUGAAGACCCAUCAGCUAGUGGAUACAAAUGAAGCGGGAACAAAAUCUAUUCCGUUUGAUAUGAAGGGCUUAGACCAAUGUGAUGAGCAUCAAGAAGUUUUGAAAUUCUUCUGUGAAGAUGAGAAUAAGCUUUGCUGCAGUACCUGUGCUAUUUUGGGUCACCGGAAAUGCCACAGUGUCGUAGAAAUACAGAAGAUUGCCGGAAGAUCUACAUCAACAAGUUCCAAAUUAAAGGCAAGCUUGCAGGAAGUAAGAGAGAAAGCUGAAACUGUCAUUAAAUAUGCCAAGUCGUCAAAAAAGCAACUGGAUCAAGAUGUUAAAGAAGUGUUUUUAAAUAUUAGACGAAUGCGGGAUAAUGUAUUGAAAAUGUUUGACGAUUUGGAAAUUUCGGUUGCUAAGGAUGCUGAAUCAUUUAAGACAGAAACACUCGAUAAAUUGACAAGAAAGCAGUCAGACAAUGAGAAACAUGUUGCAGAUGCAACAAAAUCUCUGGAAACAAUUGAUAACGUUCAUCAGAACGGGACGUCAUCACAACAGUUUAUACUGGAACAGAGAAUGAAGAAACAUGCGGAUGAACUUAGCAGCAACGUCGACAAGGAAUGUCAAAGGUUAGAGUCCAUGGCCGUUUCGUUUGAUUUUGAUGAAACAUUGAAAUUGCCCCCACUUUUGAUUUCUGAUUACGUUCCAGGACAACUGAUAUUAAAAUACUCCGUACCGGAAGCUGUGAAACCUAUAACACCUGCAGAUCCGAUUGUUGAAUUCACGAAGAUUACUUCCAUUGAUCUGAAGCAGACUAAAGAUGAUGUCGGAGAACCGUUAUACUCGGGACUGGAUUUCCUGCCGGAUGGUAGACUGGUUGCCGUGGAUAAUGAAAACAAGAAAUGUUUGAUUUACAAUGAGAAACUUGAGAAACUAGGAUCCUAUCAGUUGUCGUAUUAUCCACGGGGUGUUGUUGUUGUAUCUGAGGCUGAUGUGGCGAUAACAAGUAGCAGUGAAUACCAGAUAAUCUUCCUACGUGUCAGUAAAUCUAAUGACAUGACAUUUAAAAAGACAUGUAAGGUAAUCACAAAGUAUAACUCUUUAUGUAUAAAAGAUGACAGAAACUUUGUUGUUGGCAGUAUCGAUGAUACAAGGCAUGUUCGUAUUGUGUCUCUGUCAGGAGAAGAGAAAGAUUUUAGUAUCAACUUUCCAAACAAGAAAUAUCCUAGAGCCACUAGUGCGUGUACAUAUAUAAGAAACUCUGACAAAGUGGUUCUCACUGAUAAACACGAGGAUACUAUCUACAUAUAUGACAUGAAGACCAACACCAGGGUUGUUGUCAAGGACGACCAGAUCAAGAAACCAAGUGGUGUAGCUGUAGGUCCAUCUGACUGUAUCCUUGUUUGCAGUAUGGACACACAAACCAUUGUACAGAUCUCUCAAACAGGUCGGAUCCUGUCAUCGUACAAAUUAGACACAAUUUAUCCAUAUCGUCUCUGUGUUUCACAUAACAAAAAUACCCUAGCUGUCACGGCAGGUAGAGUUGGUAAAAUGAAAUUACAAUUGUUUCAACUGACAUUUUAACUUUCAUGAUUAUAUUGCUAUCGUGGAUGAUAGUAUAUUUGUGGAUCAUCUGGGGUGGUUUAUUCUAAUUAUGCUCUAAUCUAUUACUCUCAAACGAGCAUAAAUCAUUUACACUCUUGGAACACAGACUUUAAAAACAACAUAACACAAGAUUGAAUUAGGCUAGAGGGAUCGUUAGCAAACCGUCCCAAUCAACCGUUAAUAAACCCAACCAACAGAAAGAUAUACUGUCAGAAUCCAUACUGUCAAAAAUAUUACACAUCUUUUCGUUCACCGACAAAAUUUUUUAAUGAAAUUUCUAAUUAAUAAAAUAUCUUUAUGAAAACAUACUUGUAAAUUUCUGAAAAAGCUAAAGUCAGGUGUGCUGUGAGCGGGA